AUGCCAGCAUUCACGAAAGCAAUUCCGACCAGCAUUCUCAUAUUUGGGGCUUCGGGUCACAUCGGUCGGCCGUUGACCGAAUUUCUAACCCGGGAGGCGCCCACAAUCAAGCUCCGCCUUGCCACGAGCAAUCAAUCCAAAGAAGAGACACUUCGAAACGCAUUUCCCAACGCCGAAGUCGUUCAAGCCAAUUACGCGGACUCCGCGUCAAUUUCGGCCGCGGUGGCCGGCAUAGAGGGUGUCUUCAUCAUCACACCUCCGGGGCUGGUAGAAGAAGGCCCUAUGACAAACCUGGUGUCUGCUUUGAAGCAAGCCAGCAGCGUCAUUCACAUCAUCCGCUUUACAGGUCUAUUUCCCGAAUUUUCACCAUCACGCAUACCUGCCACGCUCGGCAGAGGAUCUUUGCCGGUCGAGCAUCGCGUCGCCAAACGCGUACUUGACGAAAGCGGUCUGCCCGUUACCUAUGUCAAUUGCGGAGCCACUUUUAUAGAUAACUUAUCAAUCCAGAUGCAAUCAGUCCUGGCGAAGAACACGCUAAUCUGGCCGGAACAUCGUGUGCCGUUCUUGGAUCCAAGGGAUAUCGCAGAAGUUGUCGGAAGACUGUUUUUGUCCGCCAACGCCAAGCACAUCGGCGCCUUUCAUACUAUGAAUAAUGGCCAGGACCGGCUGAAGUUUGAAGAGCUAGCUGGCAUUAUCUCCGAAGUUUUGGGAGAGAAGGUCAACUAUGACGGGAGCUUUGAGGCGUUCUCUGGGUUCUAUGGCCCUUUCAUGGGACCUCACCUUGUGCAGGAAUUGUGGAACUUCUUCAAGUUUGAGGAGGCCAAUGAAGAAAUUUGGGCUUUGAAUAAUUUUGUUGAGAGGACGAUUGGAAGGAAACCUACCUCUGUGAGGGAAUGGCUUUUGGAACACAAGGAUGAGCUGACGCGAGGACCGGGUGAUCUUAGAUGGGCUGCAAACUAG